AUGCAGGCCAAGAAACGCUACCUCUUAGUUCUCCUGUCUUGUGCGUUUUUAGCUUACUGCUACUUUGGAGGCUAUCGGUUGAAAAGUGAAGACAUUACUCAUUUCACUGAAGAAUCUCUCCCUACCUAUGUCGAUACAUGGAAAGAUCAGCUUUACGAGAGAGAUUUAGAACCGGCCCCCCACUUGCGAAGAACAGGUAAUUCAUACGGUGUACGAAAGGGUAACAGUAACAUAGUAAAUCAGAAAUGUAGAAUGGAAACAUGUUUUGACUUCACACGAUGUAUGAAAGAUUUCAAAGUUUAUGUGUAUCCUACAGCUGAUGAAUCGACUGGUGAAGUGCCCCUUACACCAAGUGCUGUCUAUCAAAAAGUACUAGAUGUUAUUUCUGAAUCUCGAUAUUAUACACCAGAUCCUAGUCAAGCUUGCUUGUUUGUUCUUGCAAUAGAUACUUUAGAUAGAGACAAUUUAUCAGCGGAUUAUGUUCGUAAUGUGCCAUCCCGACUCCAGAGGCUCAAAUUGUGGAAUGGAGGAAGAAACCAUGUUGUGUUCAAUUUAUAUUCAGGUACAUGGCCUGAUUAUUCUGAAGAUGAUCUCGGUUUCGAUACUGGUGAAGCGAUUUUAGCCAAGGCUAGUAUGUCUGUCACCAGUUUCAGACCAGGAUUUGACAUAUCAAUUCCUCUGUUUCAUAAGAAUCAUCCUGAAAAAGGUGGAGAGCCAGGUUUCGUAUCAACCAAUAAUUUCCCAAUUAACAAAAAAUAUCUUCUUGCCUUUAAAGGUAAGCGUUAUGUGCACGGUAUCGGUUCAGAAACGCGUAAUUCACUUUAUCAUCUUCAUAAUGAAAGAGACAUUGUACUUGUGACAACAUGUCGUCAUGGGAAGUCGUGGAAGGAGUUAAAGGAUGAGAGGUGCGAUGAAGACAACACAGAAUAUGACAGGUAA